AUUUUCUGCCGGCUAUCGGUACUAAUGUUCAGUUUAACGGGUACUAGGAAUCGGAUAACAUCAGGCACUGUUAACUCGUACUUUAGUUUACAUACGUUUAAAAUAGUGUGAAUUUCACAGACGUCUUUCUAUAUUAUUUGUAAUAGUAACGUAGACUGUGAAAGAAACAGAAAACAUGGCUUCAGCUGGUCUCAAAGAAUUCUACAAAGGAAAAAACAUUUUUAUAACUGGGUCGACAGGCUUUUUGGGAGUGUGUCUUCUAGAAAAAAUAUUGAGAAGCAUACCGAAUCAUGGAGAUAUUUACUUAUUGCUUAGACCAAAGAAAGGGAAACAAAUCAAUGAAAGAUUGGAAGAAAUUAAAAGCAACAAUAUUUUUGAACGUUUGCUAAAAGAUAAGCCUGUUGAUGAGGUGUUUGCACGUGUCAAAGCAGUGGCCGGAGAUGUUGGAGAGGAGAAUUUAGGUCUUUCUGAAAGUGAUAGAAGUCUUUUACACCAAAAUGUUAAUGUUAUCUUCCAUAGCGCGGCCACUUUGGACUUUGGAGAUGACUUAAAUACCACUAUCAAUAUUAAUUUACUAGGUACAAGACGAAUAACAGAACUAGCUAAAAAAUGUCGCAACCUAAAGGUUUUAAUACACGUAAGCAGCGCUUACGUAAACUCAUACUUGAACGAAGCUGAAGAGAUAAUUUAUCCCCUACCCAGAGACCCAGAGGAAUUAAUCAAAAUUGUAGCGAAACUAAAUCCAGAAGAAUUAGAAAAACAAACUCCAGAACUUUUAGGCAAACACCCAAACACCUACACGAUAACGAAACAUAUGGCCGAACACGAGGUACAAAAGUGUGAGGAACUUUUCCCCUGCACUAUCGUGAGACCUUCCAUGAUUGUGGGUGCCUUUAAGGAACCGGUACCAGGCUGGACUAUUAGUAAAAAUGGUCCUCAAGGUUUUCUGAUGGGUGCAUCCAAAGGUGUCAUUCGGCGAUUACCCGUGGCUAAACAACUAAUAUACGACUAUAUUCCCGUCGAUAUAGUAGUUAAUAAUCUCCUGGCAGCCGGAUUUCAUUCAGGUGCCACCCAAUCAAAGAAGACCCAAGUCUAUCAUAGCACGUCCAGUACAAGAAAUCCCUUCAAAUGGGACUAUGUAGAAACCAGGAUUAACGAUAAUCUUCAUAAAUACCCUUUGAAAUCCGCCGUAUGGUAUCCACAUUUAAAAUUGCUGCCGUCAGUAACUUACUAUAAGAUAUCGGCGCUUUUUGUCCAUUUUUUGCCAGCUAUCAUUUUGGACACCAUAACUAGACUGACUGGUGGACGUCCAAUCUUAAUGAAACUUCAUAGAAACGUAAACACAUCAUUAGAUCGUUUGGAAAAGUUUAUUUUUACCGAAUGGAAAUUUUCUGCUAAGAAUACCACAGAUCUGCAAACGUGGCUGAAUAAAAACGACCAAGAAGAAUUCAGCCUGGACAUAUCUUCUUUGGUAUGGCCUGCAUACUUCGAUGACCUUACCCUCGGUGCCAGAAUUUAUCUUAGCAAAGACCCAGUAAAAACUUUGAACUCCGCCAGACAAAAAGAUAAAAUUUUACUUGGAAUACAUCUUCUCGUCCAAGGCGGUAUAGUGUUUCUCUUUUGGUACAUAUUUUCAGGAAUUUUAGGCCUAUCUCUGAAGCAAUCCUUCUUAUUAGUUCCAGCAAUUGUUGGUUUGCUUAAUCUUUUAUAAAGAAAUAAAAAAUAUAUAUUGAAAAGUUGUGAGGCAAGAAAAAUUAUAUAGGGAUAAGAGAAAUCAUUUCAUUGAAUUGUUUGAAAACUAUAUAGUAUUAAUUUAAGCAUUUAAUAAUGGUAAUUUACUGCUUUUUGAUGCUUUACGUUAAAAUAUCUCGUUCAUAUACUAGAAAUCAUUAGUUUUGUAAUGUAUAUUAAUUUAAUAAGAAUUUUUUAUUAUGUGAAAUUAAAUUACUAAGUCUGUA